AACAUAGCAUAGCCAGAUAAAAUGCUGUCUUCACCAUCUCUUACUGCAGCACGUACUACUCUUGGUCGUCGUCUUAAUGCGAAGAGACUAGCUUCUUCUGGUCGAACCGCUGAUCCGAAGAUUCAUGCUCGUAACGAUGGAGACGAGCCUGGUCUUUUUCCAUCAGACCCCGAAGGUUUGGAUGAUGUAGCGAAUCCGAAGACUCCAGCCGAUGAGGAUGUACCGGAUAUUCGACCACCCGGUUUUGUAAAGGAACCGCUCACGCCGCCGAAAAAUCCACGAGACACUUCACACAAGCUUGAAUCUACUCCUGUUGGUCUACCUGCAGAUCUCAAUUUCCAACAAAAACGAAACUAGCUCAUAGCAGCAAACGCCUUAGCCCCCAUGGCCUUCUAGAUAAUUUAUUGUAAACUGAACGCAUGAAAUUAAUGCUUACAUUUAAAGUAGCUUUGAUAAUAAAAUUUAUACUCUUUCUACUUUCU